AUGGAACUGCUUGUCAUUGAGCGGAGCCUCAUCCAGAGCCUCAGAGAUUACAUCACAGCACAGAAACAAUGCAUAGACCGAUUUAACAGUGUUGUUGAAGCCUGUGAAAAUGCCUCUGGAGACUUCCCAGAGGAUCUGGAAAAACACAUCAGCAACCCUUUCACUGCAUACAAGCUGGUGCGAAGACUGAGGCUGGAGUGGAACAUGGUGGAACAAGUUACCAAGACAUGUUCUUCAUAUAUUGCAGAUUUCCUGGCUAAUGUAUCAUUGGUCUCCCAGCGGCUCCCCAGUGAGAAGGACAUGGAUGGGGUUGCACUGGGUCUUCUACGUCUACAGGACAUAUACAGACAACUGCAAAUCAUUACAGUGGAUGUGUCAGAUGAGUCCUUCCACGUUGCCAUGGUGGCCCUGCAGAACCACAAGUUCCAGUAUGCCCUGCUCUGGCUCCAGGAGACCUUCAGGCAGCUGGAGGAUGGCAUCCCAGCCCUGGUGACCAGGAGAGAGGUUCUGACCUAUCUGGGUCCCCUAGCCUUUCAGAUGGGUAAUCUGCCUCUAGCAUUGGAGCUAACGCAACAGUUGCAGGAACUGGACCCCAGUUGCAGGCAGACCAUGGUGCACCUGGCCUACUACAGAACCCUGAGAGAGAGCAUCCGGUGUGGGAGCCAGACACAAACACCCUCAUUGCCCUCAGAUGCACCAGUGAACAUCUUAACACUAAUCAAACCAGCAAGCGAAACAUACAAAUCUCUUUGCAGAGGGGAGGGCAUCAAAAUGGCAACUGCCAACAUGAACUUUUCCAUGAAUUCUGUACUCAUUGUCCACCUGUCUUGUGAGUGUAUAAAUAAAAGAUGCUGUGUCUGUGAUGGUCAGACCCCGAGGAGACAGAGGACAUUGCGGUGCAGGUACAGCACUGGUAGAGGCAACCCUCGACUCAUCUAUGCCCCUAUAAAAGAGGAGCAGGAAUGGGACCAUCCACUAAUAAUACGAUAUCAUGACCUAGUAUCUGAAAGGGAGAUUGAGACCAUAAAACACCUAUCCAGAUCAAAGAUAUAUUCACAAGUGUCUUUAUUUUUUGGACUCAAUUUUGUGUUGUGCAUUGUGACCAAGCUUGACAGAGCAAAGGUGUCAGACCAUGUGACAGGAGAAAGAUUUUCAGCUGAAACCCGUGUGGCUAAAAGUGCAUGGCUGGCUGACGAGGACAACCCUGUCAUCUCCCGUGUUACCCAGAGAAUGGCUGACCUGACUGGGCUGGACAUGGAGGCAGCAGAGAUGCUCCAGGUUGCAAAUUAUGGGAUUGGGGGCCAAUAUGAACCACACUUCGACAACAAGCUGACCAAUGACACAGACUACAUGACGAGGGGUGGCAGGAUCGCAACGAUCUUAAUCUAUAUGAGUGAUGUGGCAGUGGGUGGAUCGACUGUGUUCCCUGAUAUAGGAGCUGCUCUACGACCGUACAAGGGUUCAGCGGUGCUGUGGUACAACCUUUUGCAGAAUGGAGAGGAGGACGCUAGGACCUUACACGCUGCAUGCCCUGUGUUUGUGGGCAAUAAAUGGGUUGCCAAUAAAUGGGUGAGGGCCCAUGGACAGGAGUUCAGGAGAAGAUGCUCUUUGUCCCAGAUGGACUGAGACUGGAGCCAGGAUGGAUUCUCCCCUCAGUUUACCUACACAUUCAUGCACAUUUCCCCAUUGUUACUCUCCACUGAAUUACACAAAAGCACCUUUCAAGUGUUUGUGCAGUGAAGCAGGACAAGAUGUCAACAAUACCAAGCUGACAUUUGAACUGUGUGGCAUCUUUUUUUUUACAGUAAUUGUCGAGCAUUAUAUUGUUAGCGGGUAGUCCAUAGAGUAGUUUAUGUGAUUGAUUUAAAUGACAUUGAAACGUGUCUCAACAUCUCUGCAAGAUCCGCAUUAUAAAUUUAAAAUACAUUGUAGAAGAAAUAUUUGGACCAAGAAUCACUGUUCCUCUAUACAUACUACAGAAUAUGUUUUGCUUGCUGUUUUGAUUUUAGCAUCCACUUAAUCUGCCGCACACACACACACACACACACACAAAUAAAAUAAACAAAGAGAAAAUAGAAGAGGUAAAAACUAAUGUAGAGGAAUUGCUACUAUAAAAAAAGCCUGAAAAGUUCAAUUUUCUGAUCUCAUAUGUGCUGUGUAAACCCAGAUAUUGAUUUGUCAUAUCAUCUAAU